UAUGGUGGCACAACCCGAAUUUUUCUGCGUUUUCUAAGUCUGGUCACGACUGAAUGAAUAUCCUUAUGUGCUAGAUCAUUAUGGGAGAAGCAGCAUCGGCAGCAGCAGGACAAGCUCAGUUUUCUCAACUUCAAGUCACAGUACAAUCAGCUAAGAUAACUGCAAGCAGUGGUCUGCUCUCCUCAAAACCAGACACAUUUGCAGAAGUAAGUGUUGACGGACAACCACCAAGGAAAACCGAUGUCGCGAAGAAAACUUCUACUCCGAAAUGGGAAGAGGACUUCACAUUAUUGGUCACCCCAUAUUCAAAGAUAGAGAUAAAGGUGUUCAGUCAGAACACGAUACGUGCGCCCACUCUAAUAGGAUCUAAUACUAUAGAGCUACAUGCCAUUCUGUUAGAGAACCAUGGCAAAUUGAAUCAUACGGGCAAAGCGUUUGAAGUAAGCAUUGAAGGUAAAGGUAAAACUGGUGAGGUACAUGUGGAAUUUCAUGGGAUGGAAGUUAAUAUGACACGGUUUCCACGUCGGAAUAUCAGUAGAAACUCGCAGGCACAGGCUAAUGGGCAGGUCCCAAGUAGCAACACUGGUAACAGUACCCACGGUAACAGCCGCAACCGCACCCGUAACUCUCGUGGCCCUGCCCCUCCUGUUCCCCCGCCCCCCAACCGCUCGCAGGGCUCCCAUCCCCAGGGAGCUGGCUCCCCUGCAGCCAGUGCUGCUAAUCCCAAUAGAAGAACAGGUAUAGGUACAACCUCACCUCCAAGCUAUGCCUCAGGUGGCAACACUACAGCCCCCACACCAACCUCACAACAGAAUGGUGUUGUUUCCAAUGCAACUUCAGGAUCAGGGGCUGCAGGAGUAGCGGCCUCUACACCUACAACAGGAGGUCCCCAGACAGUGGGUCCACCGCCAGGAACACCGCCCACAGAACAGUCGGCAAACAACGAACCUCUCCCCCCUGGGUGGGAGAUGAGAACAGAUGGGCACUCCCGGCCAUACUAUGUGGACCACAACACACGAACUACCACGUGGGAAAGACCUCAGGCCCUACCCCCAGGCUGGGAGAGGAGAGUAGACCCCCGUGGUCGGGUGUACUAUGUUGAUCAUAACACUCGCACAACUACAUGGCAACGCCCAAAUAUAGACAUGGUCAACAACUAUCAACAGUGGCAGGAGUGGCGCAACAAUCGCUCUAUAGCCCUGGAACAGCUGCAGAAUCGUUUCCUGUUCCCCAACCCAGCACAGGUCACUCAGGAGAAUGACCCCCUAGGACCACUCCCCGAGGGCUGGGAGAAGCGAGUAGAUGCCAACAGUCGAGUAUACUUUGUAAAUCAUAAAAACAGAACAACACAGUGGGAGGAUCCAAGGACACAAGGUAUCGUCCAGGAAGACCCCCUACCAGAGGGCUGGGAGAUGAGGUAUACGGCAGAAGGUGUCCGCUACUUUGUGGAUCAUAAAACAAAAUCUACUACAUUCCAGGAUCCAAGAGGAGGACCAUCGAAAGGUCCCAAAGGUGCAUUUGGUGUACCUAUACAAUACGAGAGAAGUUUCCGGUGGAAGUUGGGGCAGUUCCGAUACCUGUGUUCUUCAAAUGCUCUAUCAGGACAUGUUAAGAUUACUGUAUCCAGGGACAACCUGUUUGAGGACUCUUUUGCACAGAUUAUGAGGUUACAGCCAUACGACCUGAGAAGAAGACUUUAUAUUAUUUUCAAGGGAGAGGAAGGACUGGAUUACGGCGGUGUAGCCAGGGAGUGGUUUUUCCAUCUAUCACAUGACGUACUGAAUCCCAUGUAUUGCCUGUUUGAGUAUGCCAGUCACAGUAACUACAGCCUACAGAUAAAUGCUGCGUCGAAUGUCAACCCUGACCACCUCGUAUACUUCAGGUUUAUUGGACGAUUUAUUGCCAUGGCCCUGUAUCAUGGAAAGUUCAUUGACAGUGGAUUUACACUGCCUUUCUAUAAGAGGAUGCUUAACAAGAAACUCCACCUGACAGACAUUGAAACAAUAGACCCGGAGUUCUUUAACUCCCUAACUUGGAUACAGGACAACAACAUAGAUGAAUGUGGUUUGGAGCUUUUCUUCAGCUCUGACUUUGAGGUGUUGGGCAAGAUAGAGCAACAUGAUCUGAAGGAGGGUGGUGCUGACAUUCGGGUCACAGAGGAAAACAAAGAGGAGUAUAUCAAUCUGAUGACUAACUGGCGGUUCCAGCGAGGGGUUGAGGACCAGACCAAGGCUUUCCUGGAUGGGUUCAGUGAGGUGGUGCCACUCCAGUGGCUCCAGUACUUUGAUGAGAGGGAGCUUGAGUUGAUGUUGUGUGGCAUGCAGGAGGUAGAUGUGGAUGAUUGGGAGAGGAAUACUAUUUAUAGACACUAUCAGAGAAACUCCAAACAAGUUGUCUGGUUCUGGAAGUUUGUGAGAGAAAUUGAUAAUGAGAAGCGUACACGACUGAUGCAAUUUGUAACUGGAACGUGUCGUUUGCCUGUAGGAGGGUUUGCUGAGUUGAUGGGAAGUAAUGGUCCACAGCGAUUCUGUAUAGAGAAAGUAGGCAAGGAGACUUGGCUCCCACGCAGUCACACCUGCUUUAACCGAUUAGAUUUACCCCCUUACAGGACCUAUGAACAGUUAGUGGAAAAAUUGACAAUGGCAAUUGAAGAAACAGAAGGUUUUGGACAAGAGUGAUGUUUAGUUAAGCAAACAACUGGUGAUAAUAAAAGACAAGUUUUUGGCAUAUUUGUACAUAGAAUCAUAGGAGAAACCUCUUCUUAUUUCUGCGCGAGAUUGAAAUGAAUGAAUUGUUUCUAUAUACCAGCACUACAUAUAUAGCAUAACUGUACCGGGUCCUUUUUAAUGCAUUUGCCUUUGUUUUAAAUGUUGAUAGAACUUGUCUGUAGAGUAUGGUGAGGUAUUGAAAUCCAAGUGUGAAAGGUCUUGCUUAUCAUCAGUAGGAAAUAUUCUAUGCAGGACACAGAUUAUCUAUAUUUGCUCAAAAUAAGUUUUCCUCCGUUAUAUCAUUCUACUACAGAAUCUGAAAGUUCAGAGAAUUCAAACAUGAAUCUUGUAAUGUGGAUCAUUGUGUUGGUUGGUCAGUUACAGACAGAAAUAUCCAAGGCGGUCAUUGUGUGAAUUCAGUGUAACGUCAGAAUGAUCCAUUCCAUAAUAUUAGGAUUGAUAGAUAUAAUUAUGUCAGAGAUUUUGAAUCAAAUUCAAUGAUGUCACAGAUUUGUGAUUGAGAAAAUUUUGUCAGAUUCAAGUAUUUAUAAGGUCCUUAUUUGCUUUGACUUCUAAAUAAACAGUGGUGAACAAGGUUAGAAAUUUAAUUUUUCCCAGGUAAUACAAAAUUGUGGAAAAUAUGAUUCAGGAUUUUAAUAGAAACUGAUAUUCUACAAUUGUUUUAUAAAUCAAUCUGUUAACAGUUGCAUAUAUUAUAUCUUUAUUUUGCACUUGCAAUAAACCUUCAACUCAUUUCUCUUCAAAUUAUUGUAAAAAUACCUGCCCUUGUACUGUUAAACAUGAUAAAGGUACAAAUGCUUGAAAAGAAACACCAGGCAUUAUGAUUCAGUGCUAGAUAUAUUUGAUCAUAAGUAAAGACAACUGCGAAAUAAUGAAUGAGUACUAUUUUUGUAUGGAAAUAUUUGACAACCAGAAUUGAUAAUGUUGUGUUGAGGUGACAACUGUUAUAUGUAUCAUUGUUGGUAUUGCACACCGUAUGUAACAGAUAUAUAGAAGAUUUUAUAUAGUACAAUGGGCUUUCAUGUCCAGACACACACAAACAAAACAUGUAAAACCCUGUAGUGUGUGUGUCGUGUUGAUUUCGUUGUUUUAUCCCUACCCAAGUGUAAAUGUACAGUUCUGUUUUUACAUCAUAUCUUCACUAUUGAGACAAAUUAGAUUUUUGUUAUACUGUAUAGUGUUAGAAAAAAAACCUCCCCUAUUACUCUUGCUCCUAGGUUUGAAACACUGUACAGUAUUUACACCUGCAUAAUGAAUGAUCAACAUGAUUUUGCCUGUUGAAACCUAACUUUGUUUCUUCUCCCUAGUGUUAAUAGGAUACAUAUACCCUGAAACAGUGAAAAUCUGUUCACCUCUAAAUUCUAGAUAGAAAAAUUUGUAUGCAGUCUUAUAUGUCUCUAUUCAAGGAUUUAUAUUAAUUAGAAACCUCUUGAAAAUAACUAACACUUUGUACUGUUCAUUACAAUGUUCACUAUUACCUCACUUGAGACAGAACAGUGUAAUAUUAAGUUACCUCCCCUUCAAUCUUAGCAAAAAUCUGCAAUUUAGUUUGUUUCUGUUUUGUAUAUUACAACAAAUGUGAUUUGUACACAGUACGAAAAUGUUGCAAAUAUAAAUGUAUAUAUAUUGUUGAUUCUGUUACUUGGUCUGAAUGAGAUGCCUUGUUUGUUUUAUUAUCCCAUAUUUCAGAUUUUAUUUCUGUAUUUUGAGCAUGUUCUGCAAAAUGAAAUAUAUAUCCAUAUAGUCAAUUUGGGGUUAUUUCUCCACAGUUUUAAUUCAUAUCAUACAAGAUCACUUAUAUUCUGUUUUAUUUAGAACCAUCAAUGUCUGAUUUGUCUAGUACACUUAUGUGUCUAGUAUCGCCUAACAGACAUGUCUAGUGUGAACCUUCGUGUGUCUUUUAUAAAUAAUAGUCAUGUCUUUCAGAAAAUUGGCAUGUCGAGUGUGAACUUUCAUGUGUCUUACAGAUGAAAGUCAUGUCCUACAGAUAAUUAGCACUUCCAGGGUUAAUCUUAGUCUGGUGUUUAAAAGAACCAUGCAUUGUUUGUCAAAGAGACACAACAAUUAGGGUGUCAUUGUACAAUUUGAAACAUUUGUAGUAGGACUUCAUUUAAGCAUUUAGAAAUGUCUUGUAUGGUAUGUGACGAAUAUUAAAAGCUAGUUAAAAGAUAUAUAUACUGUCAUUCUUACUGAUAGUUAUGAAGCCUAGACUCAUGCAAUGUUGCCAAAUGGUUUGGAAUGAUAAUUAAUGCCUUAUUGUAAACUUUAUCACAGUGAUAAUUUUAAAUUUGAAAUCUUUUGUGGAGUUUAAGCUAUUUUUAUAAGUUUCAUUGUUACUUUAAUUUGAAAUGAAAUUCCUAUAAUUUUCCCCCACACGAAAAGUUUGUAAACAUCUGUGAACUUGUAGAUUUAGGAUGUUUUUAUGUGUUGAAUCGCCCAUCAGCAACAGAUAUUUACGAAUGAAAGAAAGUGUACCUGAUUUUCACAACGCAAAACUUUGAAAGUUUGAAUUUUAUGAAUGUUUAAGUGAGGCUGUAUGAAUGUGCUGAUUUUGUUUUUAACAUGCUAAGUUAUUUCCUUUGGUGUGGCAGUGUAUUGAUGAGGUAUGUGUAUGAUGUAUAAGCUGUUUAACAGUGAGGUCUUUGAAACUUUGUCACCAAAUUCCUCCAUCUUGAAAAAAGUGUAUACUGAUAUAUACAAGAUAUUUCAGUAUUAUCUUAAAGAGCAGUUGAAAGAGUGUCAGAUAGAUUUUUGAGGUGACCUUUUUUUUUUAAGACCGUAUGAUGUAUAUUAAGACUUCAUAGAGGUAAAUAUACAUGAUCAUGUAAUUAAACAUCAGAAUAUGACAAAAAGGUCAAAGGUUAUGACAUUAUUUUAUCCAGUAAUGUUCUUAGCAGAUCAUCUUGUGGGUUUCCAGGCUCAGAACACAAACUUCCAUUUUUACAUGUGACUAACUUUAGGACAAACCUGGAUUAAAUGAAAUGGAACACUAAUAAUUAAAAUGAAAAGAAUAAUAAUUUUAAUAUAACUGCAAGUUGCUAACUCUAUAAGAUCUUUUUUUUUUUUUCAAAUUAGGGGAAAAAAGAUGAGAAAGAAACAUGUUAAACUGCUUGAUUUCUUCACUGGGUAUUUGGUUGGUAUUUUAAUCUUGCAUGUUUAGCAGUUUUGACAUUUUCAGCCUGAAUAUGUCAUAAAAAGUUGGCAGAAUGUUGAAAUAGCAGUCAGUCAAUUGACAGAUGUUUUGAUAGAUGAUGUCCCUUUUUGUUUUAAUUGUUGACCUCUUGUGGAUGAGUAUCGUGAAUGUUGAGCGUUCGUAUGCAUUGGUAUUGUGAAUAUUUACAGUAUGUGCAUGUAAUGUGUGUGUGGCAUGAAUAUUUGUUACAAGGUUGAUGAAUAUUCAUAGAAAGCGUGUAUUUUGAGAAUUAUUGAUCACUGUGAUGGUAACAAAUUUGUACAUACUAGAUAUGAUCUAUUCUGUCCAUGACUUCUUCGCCAGAGAUCUUGGGAGAGUGGACUUCUGGAACUGUACAUAUCCUUGCAAUAUUUAACAGAGGACUGUAACUAAAACAGUACUAAUGCACUGUCUGUCUACAAGUCUACUCCUUAGUAGCUUUGCUUUCUCAUUUUCAACAGGAAAUCUGGUAGAAUUCUCUCUUUUUCUUCAUCAUUUGUGCGCAUGGUGUCACGAUACCAAUAUUCUAACAGAAUUUUUUGUGAUCAGUUUGUCGGUCAGGUUUAGCCCAUCCUGUGGAAAUCAUUUUUUUUUUUUUUUGGUAGGAAUUCUAAGUGACUACAUUCUCAUGAAAUAAUCCAGAAAGUAAAUGAUUCCUUUCACUCAAAUACAUUGUAGUUAGACAACGGUCUCAUUAAUAUACAGCUUUCAUUUAUAGAUAUCUAUGUGACAAUAUUGGAAAUAAAGACGGACUAACAUGCUACGGAUUGAACUAUGUUAAAGCAAUAUAACCAGAAUGAUUAUUAUCUUGCUUGAUUUAAGAAAACUUGUAUCAUUAGCCACAGGCACAUAAUAGUUUUUAUUGGAUAUUAGAUCAAAAGACUAGGUUAAAAGAUUUAAUCAACUGGAGUCCUGGUCUUUCAGUAAACACAAAGUAUAGUUAUUGAUUUGAUGCUUUUUGUUGUUUCUGUAUUUAUUUCAUAAUUCUGAAACCAUACAGCGAGGAGGCCUGCAUUGAAAGCUGUUUCCAAAUAGUAUUUCAGAUGAUUGAAUUUGUCUUGUAUUUGACUACUACUUGUUUCUUAUAAUUAGUGGACAUUUGUAGAAUGGUUUUGUUCAUCAUAAGAGAUCAGUGUAGUGUUUAUAUGGACUUGUUGUAGACCAGUUUGUUACCUGUGUCCUGGUUGGUCUAUAUACUAGGUGUUUUGGUAGAGAUUUCAAUGCAGUAUUAUUCUCGCACACUCCCUCCGUAUCAUGCAUUGAUUGAUGAUAAACUGACAACAAAUAUGAUUCAGUGUUUAUAUACAUUACGAGGACAAUAAAUUUGUGAUGAAAGCUGAUAAA